GCUCCAGAACCUCAGAUCGCACCACUGAGUCUCCAGCCAGCUCCUGCACUCCAGACUCCAACCACACUCCUUUCUCAGCGCCAUGGCCCCAGCCACCCGUCCACUCCUCUGUGCGGCUCUGCUGAUGAUGCUGCUGCUGGCCACCAGCCGCCAGGCUACAGGGGCAGUUUUGGCCACUGAGCUGCGCUGUCAGUGCCUGAGGACCAUACAAAGGAUCGAUUUCAAGACCAUUCAGAGCUUGAAGGUGACGCCCCCAGGACCCCACUGCACCCAGACCGAAGUUAUAGCCACUCUCAAGGAUGGUCAGGAAGUUUGCCUCGACCCUGAAGCCCCCUUGGUUCGGAAGAUCAUCCAAAAGAUACUGAACAAGUGA